UUAGGCGGCACUGACAGGCACUGAUAGGUGGCACUGACAGGCGGCACUGAUAGGUGGCACUGACUGGCAUUGAUAGGCGGCACUGACUGGCACUGAUAGUUGGCACUGAAAGGCAGCUCAGAUGGGCACUGAUAUGUGGCAUUGAUGUGCACUGUUAGGCACUGAUAUGUGGCAUUUAUGUGCACUGAUGGGCACUGCCAGGUGGCAUUGUGGCACUGGUGAGGCUACACUGAUCAUCAGGGCAGAAUGCCGAUUGACGGCUCUCCUCUCCUCAUGGGCUAGCCGAAGUCAUCAGCUCUUUCCGCUGAUCGGU